GACACUAGAAAUAUGCCAUUGGGUUCAAGGUUCAGAUAAAAGAACGGAUACUCUAAAAUUUCUGCUGAACACCUUUGGGCUGUGCUUUUAAAAUCAUGGAUACUGCAGGAAAACCCAUAACAUGUCAAGCUGCUGUGGCCUGGGAGGCAAAAAAGCCUCUAUCCAUUGAGACAGUUGAAGUAGCCCCACCUAAAGCUGGUGAAGUUAGAAUCCGAAUUCUUGCAACAGGUGUUUGCCACACUGAUGCAUACACAUUGGAAGGUCAUGACCCAGAAGGAGUUUUUCCUGUAAUUCUUGGCCAUGAAGGUGGUGGCAUUGUGGAAAGUGUUGGAGAAGGUGUCACCUCAGUGGUGCCAGGAGACCAUGUUAUUCCUUUGUACCUGCCUCAGUGCUAUGAGUGCAAGUUCUGUAAGAAUCAGAAAACUAAUCUCUGUCAGAAGAUCAGAGUGACCCAAGGUCAAGGACUGAUGCCUGAUGGAACCUCCAGGUUCACAUGCAAGGGGAAGCAACUCUUCCAUUUUAUGGGCUGCUCAACAUUUUCAGAGUACACUGUGUGUGCAGAGAUUUCUGUUGCUAAGAUAAACCCAGAAGCCCCACUAGACAAGGCCUGUUUGCUGGGGUGUGGUAUCUCUACUGGUUAUGGUGCUGCCUUAAAUACAGCCAAGGUUUCACCAGGUUCUGUCUGUGGUGUGUGGGGACUGGGGGCUGUUGGUCUUGCUGUUGUUAUGGGCUGUAAGAAGGCUGGAGCCUCCAAGAUUUUUGGUAUUGACAUCAAUGCUGACAAGUUUGAGCAUGCUAAAGCAUUUGGAGCAACAGACUUCAUUAAUCCUAAUGACUACCCUAACCAGACAAUACAAGAGGUGGUGAUGAAUCUCACUGAUGGGGGUUUUGAUUAUACUUUUGAAUGUAUUGGAAAUGUCCAUACCAUGAGAGCUGCUCUUGAAUGCUGUCACAAAGGAUGGGGGGAGUCCACUAUCAUAGGGGUGGCAGCAUCUGGACAAGAGAUAAGUACCCGUCCCUUUCAGCUGGUCACUGGUCGUGUCUGGAGAGGGUCAGCUUUUGGGGGCUGGAAGAGUAGAGACUCAGUGCCCAAGUUGGUGGAUGAGUACAUGAAGAAAGAACUGAAGGUGGAUGAAUUUGUCUCCUUCACCCUGCCACUAGACCAGAUCAAUGAAGCUUUUCAUUACAUGCACACUGGACAGAGUAUUCGCUCAGUGAUUGUGUUUGGUGACUAAUGCAUUUGUGGACUAAUUGAAGAUUUUAUGUGCAAGUCACUUGUAUCAUUCAUCACAGUAUUAGGGCUUUUGAUGAGCACAAAACAUUUGUAAUAGCUGUAGUGUGAACAUUCCAAGAUUCAAUCAAUAAAUCUAGGCUUAACAAAAAUACUACAGAUCACUACAGUUGAUGUUUUUAAAGAAAUGAAGAACCAUUAAUGAUGUUUUGAAAGAAAACUUUUUCACUUUAAAAAAAUGUCAAUGUUAGUUGCUUACAAAAUCAGAUUUGAGUUGAAGUGUAGAAUAAAUUUACACUAUUGUUUUAUUUUCACUACACAACUUAGACUUUUUUUCAUACAUCUUGUUAUCUAGAGAUUAGCAUUAUGUUACAGCUUUUUUGGUUCUUAUUACUUCCCCUUUUUUAAAAAUCUACAUUACAUCAGAUGAAUGUGAACAGCAGAUAGUUGCUGUAAUAUUUUUUGUUUGGCUUGCUGUGGCAUUAUUUUCACCAUUGACAUGAGAUUAUAUUUUUUUUAUGUAACAUUGUUUUCUUUAUAGACUUGAGAUUAUAUUUCUUGUUUGGUUCAUGUAACAUUAUUUUUUUAAUCAGUAUCUAUACACCAGACCAUUAUUUUGUUAUGCACUUUAGAGAUAACUAUUUACUUUUUGAACUGAAAUUUAAAAAUAGAUUAUCCAUCCUUGCAUUACUACAUAAAUCUAUACUCUUUAUUUGUGUUAAAAUAUGUAAUGAAAAAGUUACUGUCUUAUUCUUGCUGGAUUAAAUUUGAUUAAACUCA